AUGGUUGCGGGUCUUCGAUCGUAUGAGAGUUGUAUAAACUCAGGAUUCGAUUAUUUCAAGUCAUUCACUCACUACUCUUCGCCGAUCUUCCCGGUGCCGGUCUCAACUGAUUUCAUCAUCUCUAACGAAUCGGCUCGCUCCAACGCGCAAGCCAAGGUUGUCUGUUCUAAAUGCGAUAAAACGUUCGCGUGCGAAUACUCUAGGAAUCGUCACAUCAAUGACAAUAUUUGCGGCAAGAUAGGAAAUCUCGAAUAUAAGUUUGCUUGCAAAUUCUGCAAAAAAAGAUAUAAACUUAAAGGGAGUCUAACGCGUCAUCAAAAUCAAGACCACAAGAAGAACAAGCCUAAGUUCAAGUGUCCCUUCGACUGCGACAAGUCAUUCGGUUACCCCUUUAUACUGAAUAGACAUAUUGAAAAUAUACACAAGAAAAAAAUGAAGAGCAACGCAGAUCCGCAAACAAAAAAGACGAAGCAGGGAAAAAAGACAAAGAAGACAACAGAGACGUAUCCGAAUCAACAGUUGCCCUUCGAAUCUGUUAGCAGAUGUAGCAGUCGAUCUACUUCUUUGAGCGACAAGCAGAGAGCAACCGUACAUAAAACUGAUUAUACCGACGGAAAUGGAAUCGUCUCAACAACUUCUACAUUGUAUUCAAAAUAUAUACCGAUACCAAUUUAUGAUAGACUAAAUCCGCCGAAAGAGAAAUCUGAAACGGCAGAUUACAAUAAGUGGUUAUCAUUGACAGGUGACACUACGAUAAUUUCUUAUAAACAAUACCCGAAAUUGACUGAUGGAUCCGACCUGACCGUGCAGCAAGAUGAAGAAUUUUUGGAUUCGGGAAAAUCUUAUUUGUGUCCAAAGUGCGGCAAAACUUAUGCAAAGAUGUCGGUUUUAAAACGUCAUUUAAACACCGUGUGUGAGAAACCGUUCAUGCUGUACUGUAACGCUUGCGGAUACAAGACUCCUCGCAAGGACGUGCUUAACAGACACGUGCUUAACAGACACGUACGACACGUUCACUCAUCGUGA